AUGGAGAUGGCGAGCGCGCGGAGGAGGGCGAAGCUGCCGCAGGCAGCCGGCGGAGGAGACCAGCAGCUCGCGCUGUGGGCCGCCUGCGUGCUCCUCUCCUCCCUCUCGCUGCUCAUCGCCGCCGCUUCCUCGGGCCUCGGCGGCGCCGCGAGGUUCACGCUCACGCUCACGGCCGGCCAGGACCGGGAGGCCGGUGCGCUCGUGAUGAGGGCAACCGGCGCCGCCGCCGUUCGCGGAGCGGCGGGCGACGGCAGGAGAUACUGCGAUGAGGACGACGAUCUGAUCCGCGGCAUGUCCGUGGACGGGGAGUGGGUGCUGCGCGACGCCGACGAGUCCGAGCGGCACUACGGGCCCGGGCAGUGCCCGUUUGUCGACGAGGGGUUCCGGUGCAGGGAGAACGGCAGGCCGGACGGCCAGUACGCCGAGUGGGCAUGGCGGCCGAGGCGCUGCGCGCUGCCAAGAUUCGACGCGGCGAGGCUGCUGGGGAUCCUCCGGAACCGGCGGCUGGUGUUCGUGGGCGACUCCAUCGGGCGGAACCAGUGGGAGUCCAUGCUGUGCAUGCUCGCCUCGGCCGUCGCCGACGACGACGGCAAGCAGGGCGGCGCCAUAUACGAGGAGAACGGGAGCCCCAUCACCAAGCACAAGGGCUUCCUCUCCUUCAGGUUCCGCGACUACAACUGCACCGUGGAGCACUACCGGUCGCCGUACCUGGUUCGCCGCGGCCGCCCGCCGCGCCGCUCGCCGAAGCACGUCGUCACCACGCUCCAGCUGGGCGCCAUGGAUCCCAGGGCUCCCCGGUGGAAGGACGCGGAUAUCUUGGUGUUCAACACGGGCCACUGGUGGAACCAGGAGAGGCUACACGAAUUAGGAUGCUACUUCCAGGACGGCAAGACGGUGCGGCUGAACAUGAGCGUGGAGGACGCCUACCAAAGGGCGCUGAAGACGCUGCAGAAAUGGGUCCAGAAGGAAGUAAACACCACAAAAACACUGGUCGUCCUCCGAACAUACUCACCGGCACAUGUAAGCAGGGCUUCCAACGGCAGUGGAGGCUGGUGUGGCAGGGAGACGGUGCCGGAGCAGAACACGUCCAGGAUCGCGCUGCACCGGUGGCCGGGCCUGCUGAACCCGAGCCCGGCUUUUAUUGAAGCGGCGGCGGCGGCGGCGGCGAAGAAGCAGAAGAAGAAGAAGCGGCGGCGGCCAGUGAUGCAUGUCCUGAACGUGACCCUGAUGACGGCGCAGCGGCGAGACGGCCACCCGUCGGUGUACAACGUCGUCCGCCUCCCGUCGCCGGCGGGGGUGCAGGCGCAGCAGGAGCAGGUGAUGAGGGCGGCGGACUGCAGCCACUGGUGCCUGCCCGGCGUGCCGGACGCGUGGAACCAGCUCCUCUACGCUUUGAUUCUACGUAGUAGUAUGUCAGGAGGAUCGGAUUGGAUCGGAGCUACUCCGUAG